CCCUUGCCAUGGCCACCUUGGGAUGAAGAAGGUGACAACGACGAUGACGAUGGUCGGGAACGCAGUCCUGAAGAUCCUUUCCAGAAUGCUCGCGAGCUUGCGCAGAAAGUUGUCCAGUUCGAUACUGAAAUCGUGGACGCGACGCUUGACCUUGACAAACUGCAGCAAGAUCCAUUCAGCAUGUAUAACCCGACCAACAUCAACACCCUCAAGGCCGAGCUCUCGCAGAUCAACUUCCCAGACUAUUUUUCUACGUUCACGCCUCGUACCCGUGUUGUCAUCACGUACAAACCUUACCCAAAUUCCCUGUCGGAAAUCUUGAAAAAGACGCCAGCAGAUGUCAUCGAGGCAUAUCUUGUUGUGCGCGCAUCGUUGGAGUAUGCUCCCAACCUGGGCCGGACCACUGAGGCUUGGAAGGCUGUGAGAACUCUGCAAGAGACCUUGUAUGGCCUCAAGCCUGGUGUAUUUGGCGAACGCUCCCAAUUUUGCAUGACGAGGGUUGACGUUGCUUUAGGUUUCGGUACUGGAAGAUACUUUGUGAACCAGACAUUCCCUGGCGAAUCAAGGGAGAAAGCGACCUAG